CUAAUAGGUUGCAUUAUUGGCAGACAAGGUAGCAAGAUAAAUGAAAUCAGGCAAAUGUCAGGAGCACAGAUCAAGAUUGCAAAUGCUACAGAAGGUUCAGCAGAACGACAAGUAACAAUCACAGGAUCACCUGCAAACAUCAGUCUAGCACAGUACCUCAUUAAUGCAAGCUUAGAGAUGGCUAAAUUCAGCACCCAGACUGCUUCCAUCAUGACCCCUGUUGACCUCAACAUGAAUCUUUCUCAGUCUGCCACCCCUACCUCCACCCCCACCUCUGUGGCUGUCUUGGCUGCAUCAGCAACUGUUCCCAUGGUUAAUGUUAGCACCCCUUCCCCUUUACCAGCUUUAUCAACCACCCACUAUGCUGUUCCUGUUUCUAAUCUGCUUGGCAUGAAAACUGUCUCACUUUUGGCAUUAAAUGCCACAGGAAAUGUAUCUGCCUAUACAACUAAAAUUCCAUCAACAAGUGAAAUUAAGAAAUCUGACCGCCAAAAGUUGGCUCCAUAUUGAAAGGUGUCAUGGAUUUUUUUUUCAACAACUCCACUAGGACUCUGGUAAAUUUAUUCUAAGAAAACAGUACGGCAUUUUUUACAUUCCUUCUGUUCAUACAUUAUUACACAAAGGAUGCCAUUGCAAGUUUUCUUUCAUCUUCUAUUACUAUUUUAAUGGCUGUGCAUAUUUGAAUUGCCAGCUAGUUCCAACAAUCUCCUAGAUUAUUUAAAAUAUACUCAUAAAAUUAACUAUUUUUUCAUCCUCACCAGACUUUCAAUUAAGAUUUUGAGUCAUAAGGGGAAUACCAAAGACAGGCUUGAAAGAUUUAUUCAGUUAGGGUGCCCAAAAGAGAUUUCUGCAAUAACAGCUAUAAUGAUGAUAAUUAUCUACAGGUGAA